CCGAAGAAGACAAUGCGGAAGAAGUCUGGACGACGUCACAGCUAGCAUGUGCUGCAUCUGACACUGUGUAGUCUAGAACAUUCUCCCUGGUCACCGUCGGGCGACAUAGUUAAAACAUUUAAGCCGCCAAGGAAUAAUAUUAUCGAGUCUUCGAGAUGUCCGUCAUUGCCCAGCCACACGUUCGCGGGGGGAGCGUCUUUAAAGACCUGAGCGCCGACGACGAAGACUGGCAACCCACCGAGAUCGAGAGCCUGUGCAUGAACUGCUUCCAGAACGGUACGACACGUUUGCUCCUCACCAAAGUCCCCUUUUUUAAAGAAAUCAUCGUCAGCUCAUUCAGCUGCGACCACUGCAAGUGGUCCAACACGGAGAUCCAGUCCGCGGGUCGCAUUCAAGAGCAAGGCGUGUGCUACACGCUCAGAGUGACGAGCAAACGCGAUUUGAACCGGGAGGUGGUCAAAAUGGACAGCGCGACCACCAGGAUACCUGAGCUCGAUUUUGAGAUCCCUCCUUUUACACAGAAAGGCGCCCUCACCACCGUUGAGGGCCUUCUGGACCGAGCCGUGGCCGGGCUGGAACAAGACCAAGCGGCCAGGCAAGAGGCCGACCCCGAGGUGGCCGGCAAAAUCCACACCUUCCUCCAGAAGCUCAAGAAGUUGAAAGACGUGGAGGAGGCGUUCACCGUGGUGAUCGAGGAUCCGUCGGGCAACAGUUUCGUGGAGAACCCCCGCGCCCCGCAGAAGGACGAGUCCCUGACGGUGUCGUGGUUCCGGCGCAGCGUGCAGCAGGAGAAGCAGCUCGGCUUGCGGGCCGACGACGAACCGGAAGACGAACCGCCCCCGGGCGACGACCUGGACACCAUGAGAAGCGAGGUGCUGGUCUUCAACACCAACUGCCCCGAGUGCAACGCGCCGGCGUCCACCAACAUGAAGCUGGUGCAGAUCCCGCACUUCAAGGAGGCCAUCAUCAUGGCCACCAACUGCGAGGCCUGCGGCCACCGCACCAAUGAGGUCAAGUCGGGCGGCGCCACCGAGGAAAAGGGCACCAGGAUCACGCUGCGCAUCACCGCCGUGUCCGACAUGACGCGGGACCUGCUCAAGUCGGAGACGUGCUCCGUCUUCAUCCCCGAGCUGGACUUCGAGUUGGGCAUGGCGGCGCUGUGUGGCAAGUUCACCACCGUGGAGGGCCUCCUGACGGACAUCAAGGACCUGGUGGUGGCCAAAAACCCCUUCCUGUGCGGGGACAGCAGCGACUUGAGCCGCGCGCAAAAGCUGCAGGAGUUCGGCAAUAAGAUCGACGGCAUCAUCGCGGGGAAGACGCAGGUCCACCUGGUCCUGGACGACCCGGCCGGGAACAGCUACUUGGAGAACGUGUACGCGCCCGAGGCCGACCCAGAAAUGAAGGUGGAGACGUACGAGCGCACCUUUGAGCAGAACGAAGAGCUCGGCCUCAACGACAUGAAGACGGAAAACUACCAGGAGGACAGCGAAAAGCGAGAUUGAACUCCCGACUAAUGUUUUAUCGUAUCACGUUUUUGGACUUCUGGAGUUCGGUGCUGCUUGGGACAUUUUAAUAAUUUGGGUCACCAUACGGAAAACCACGUAAUGAACAGUGGAAAUCUUACUACUGUGUUGAAUUGUUCAUGUACAGUCCACUCUUUAUCUUAUCGAGUAAGACAAUUCAGCGCACUAGGAGCAUGACUACAAUACCAGUAGGGCAAAACUGCACUCGUGGACGGACAACUGGUUGCGGAUUUUCUAGUGACGCUUUAAAUUCCUACUAGCUAACAUCUACGUUUCACGAGUGGUACUUGUAGCAUGCAGAUGUUAUGUAGUGCACAGUUUUGCCCCACUGGUCACCUCUGGAUGGAUAAUAGAUCUGGAAUAAAAGGGCAAAGAUGGAUUUUGGUUGCAGUGCAUCAAAAUCUCACAAGAGGGCGCUCCAGGAUUGUCUCAAUUUAGAUUUUUCCAAACGUCAGCAUAAUUUAACAGAGCAGCGGUCGAUGAAAAAUUAGUGUAUUUUUUUAACAUUAUAAUGUCGCAUUUUAUUUGGACAAUGCCCUAUUUGCCUACAUAUGAUUUUUUUUUUUUUUUUUUUUUUUUUUGGGGGGUGGGGGGGCUUGUAUGUUUGUGAGAUGAUUAUGUCCAAUCAACUGCAGAACUAUGUUGUACAUUUAUCAUAUGUUUAAAAAAAUGUUAAGCGCAAAAAACGAUUGGGAAAUAAAGUUGUCGUGAUGUCAA